UCCCUGCAUAUUAUUGUGUGUGGUGUUGUAUGUUUGUGUCCAUUUGUAUGUGAGGAAUUUGACAGGCAGCGUGCAAAAUACUCCAAACAAAUACUGCAUAUGAACCAUGCAAAUUAUAUAUGCAGCUGGGCUCAAUACUGAAGGGAGCUAUUAAAAGAAUAGGCCUGCCCAUGUUACCCCCUCUGCCUGCGCAGCAGUCUGAAGCAAAAAGGUUGAGGAAAAGCUAUUGCUCAAACACUUUUCAGUAAUGCUCAAAAAAACAUCUGUAUAAAUAUAGUUCUCUCCGACAAACAGGCUGGUCCAGAUAUGUGGUAGCUGAUGCAUCCAGAGCAUGUAGGCCAGUCUGCCCUCAGCACUGACACAGUUUGCGAGCCCCUCUGGGGGCAUGAGAGUGUCUUAUAUAGAGUUUCCCCCGUGCCUCCAGCGUUAUAAAUAAACACAAGUCAGUCUGUUUUGCUAGAGACAGACAACCUGCAGAGCUGUCCUCAAAAUUUAAAGCAAACCGUGUUCACAGCUGUCUGGACUGUCAUCUCCAAACACACUUGUCUCUUAGAAGAAUAUGGACAAUCAAACAUCAUCAGAGAAUGGGAAAAACAUGGCAUCCAGGAUGAAGGACUCACACAUGGGACUUGUCAAGAAUGUCACAGACGGCAGCCAUACUGACUCUGAAACGGAGACAAUCAUGCCCCUGGAUGAGCGUGCACCACAUCCCAUACUACAAAUGGACCAGGCGGUAAUGGACAACGUAGGGAAGCUUUUCGAACACUGCAUCCAGCAGGUGUCCCAUCUGGAGACACAGAGGAACGAGCUGAUACAAGAGCUCCUCCGUCUGCAGGAACCAAUUCUGCGAGUUGUGGAGCACCUGAGAGGGAAGCUCCUAGAUACACAGAGGCUGCUCACGCUGGCUCAGAUGGAUUAUGUCGCUGUAUAUGAGGAAGUAAAGGAGGUGAAGAGGAAACUUUUUACCACAGCCAGAGACUGCAUCCAGAGCCAGGUGAUGCUGUCGGAACAGGAGUACGAGGUGGCUCAGUCUGCUGUGUCACAGGAGGAGCUCAAGGCCCACAUCCAAAGUUUGACCCAGGAGUUGUCCGAGCUCCACGAGGCCCAGCAGAACCAGCUAAACACCCUGAGGGACCAGGCCUCUAAACCCUGCAGGCCCAGGGCCAUGAGUGAUGUCAGCCAGUGCCGGCAGGCGUCUGUUAGGCUGCAGCGGCGCCUCAGCGGCAGCGUGAAGACACUGGAGGGCUGGUACGAGCCUCGGCUCAUGGCCCUGCUAAAGAGAAGGCAGGUUGGUGAGGACGCCUUGAGAAAGAGCAGGGAGCAGGCUAUGGACCUGAAAGCCAGGCUGGGGCCCCUGAGAGAGGAUAUACAGAGACUAGAGGUGCAGAGAGCCUGCCUGGUGCAGAGGGUCACUCUGAUGGAGAGAGAGAGGGAGGAGGGUGUCAUACACCACAAGGAGACUGUGGGGAAACUAAAAGAGACUUUGAAAGAACUGGAAGUGGAGUUUGAGGUUCAAAGAACAUUUAAAAAAGAUCUGGAAGAUCAUAAUGAUGGCCUUCGAAAAGAGCUGACAUUUCUCAGAGGCUGUGAUGAUCCCAGUGAAACCACUGCAGAGGACGAUCCCUAGUUUUCUGUUUUCAGUAGAUAUUAAGCUUAUUAUCUACACCAGACCAAACCAUUGCACGGAAUUUACAUUUAAUAUAGAAAAAAAUAAAAAUAAAACGUCAUAAUAUGCAGCAGAUUUUUUUUGCUUCAAUAGAAUUAACUCUUACCUACAACUUAACACCUGGCAUGCUGUGCCAGGAAGCAGAGCAAACAGAUUUACUGUAAAUAUUUUAUUAUGAAUAUAAGUACACAAGAGAUCAGAUGCAGCACAGAACAACUCAGAGGAAAAAAAAACACAUACAAGUGACAAACGCAAUCUGGAAAAUUCAUACUAUGAAUAUCAAGCAAAUACAAGAAAAA